AUGGGCAACGAAGGCGGCGAAGAGGAGCACGUGAUUUAUCCGGUGUCCUUUGGCGACAACUCAUGGACUGCGAAGAGCCCCGACGGUCCCCACUUCGUGCAGCUGCCCCUGCGGUUAGGUUGGGCACUCACAGCGCACCGUGCUCAGGGCUCCACGCUUGACGCUGCCAACGUCGUCUUGCAUGGCCUCUUCUCUCCAGGGCAGGCAUAUGUGGCCUUGUCUCGAUGCCGUCGAGCGUCUGAUCUCUGGAUCACAGGGCUACCUGCUCGGCAUGGAGAUGGCACAGUACCCGCAUUUCUGCCAGACGCGAAGGUUCGAAACUUCUAUGCCGCCAUGCGUCAAGGUGGAGGUUAG